AUGUUCAACAAUCUGCGAUCUCGAAGUGUCGCCCUAGCGUCGGGCGCAGUUCUAAGCCGGAGGGCGGUGCCCAACGGAAGGCGGCUAAAGGACCUCGAGGGCCAAAGUCGCCCUUUGACAUCAACUGCGAGAAAAAGCCACUGCAGCAGGACAUGCCACGAUGGCUACCAGCGCCGUUUCGCCUCGACAGCCGCAGACGAAACUGGAGUCCAAUCCCCGAGGCCUCUUGAUGGCAUUACGGUCGUCAGCAUUGAGCAAGCCAUCGCCGCCCCAUUCUGCACUAGACAGCUCGCCGAUCUUGGGGCACGUGUCAUUAAGGUCGAGAGACCGGGAGUGGGCGAUUUCGCAAGAGACUACGACACUCGCGUGGACGGACUUGCAUCGCAUUUCGUCUGGACAAACCGGUCAAAGGAGAGUCUGGCAUUGGAUCUGAAGAAGCCAAAGGACCUGGAGAUCCUGAAGAAACUUCUCCACAAGGCCGAUGUGCUCGUGCAGAAUCUGGCUCCCGGCGCAUCUGCCCGACUAGGUCUUGCAUAUGAAACGCUGAAAGACCAUCAUCCGCGAUUGAUUGUCUGUGACAUCUCCGGCUACGGCCAGGACGGGCCCUACGCCAACAAAAAGGCAUACGACCUGCUCGUCCAGAGCGAAGGAGGAAUGCUGUCUGUGACGGGUACCAGGAAUGAGCCCGCGAAAGUGGGUAUCUCCAUUGCAGACAUCUCGGCGGGAAUGUACGCCUACAGCAAUAUCCUGGCGGCGUUGAUGCAGCGGCAGAGGACUGGCAAGGGAAGCAAGAUCGACAUCUCUUUGCUGGAAAGUCUGGUGGAAUGGAUGAGCUUCCCACUAUAUUAUACUUAUAAAGGUGCGCCGGCACCAACACCGACCGGCGCCUCCCAUGCAGCGAUAUAUCCGUACGGACCCUUCGAGACCGGCGAUGGCGGCUCAGUCAUGCUCGGAAUUCAGAACGAACGGGAGUUUGCGAGAUUUUGCGAGAUUGUUCUGGGAAACCCGAGUUUGGCGACCGAUGCACGCUUCGUGAACAAUUCUCUCCGUGUUCAGAACCGAGACGAGCUGCGAAAUAUCAUCUGCAAGGCUCUGGAGAAAUAUUCAGUUUCCGAGGCCGUGAGAAAGCUCGACGAGGCUCAGAUUGCAAACGCGGCGGUAAACACCAUGCAAGGCGUUUGGGAGCAUCCUCAAUUGCGUGCCCGGCGCCGAUGGACCGAGGUCGAGACGUCCAAAGGCGUGAUUCCGGCGCUUUUGCCGCCCGGCUGCGUCCCUGAAGGCGAGGAUGUCGAGGGUUUACAUGCCAGGAUGGAUAAAGUUCCAGAAGUUGGGGAGCACAAUGAGAAAAUCUUGAGGGAGUUGGGAAUGUAGGACUCGGCGGAAUCUCGAGUCGGCAAAUGGAGAAAGCCACUUCAAAGCACAGAGUCUUCGCCAUGAACGAAAUGAAGACAAACGAAAACGAAAAGGCCAGCGUCCCAAGCCACCUGCUGAAAUCAAAAUUACUAAAUGUCUGGAUUGCGAAAUUGGCCAAUAUCCUUGGUCGAAAAGAAUCGAUUGAACUCGUCCUUGAAUCUGUCGAAGUCUGCCGUUGCGAGGCAUAUCAGUCAUGAAUCAUUGCCAGCAACUGAUACCUCAGAGGCUUGUGCUCUCAAGCUAUUUUCUCUCCGCGAAUUGACGGCAGUCGGCCAAAUUCAUGGUUCUCUGAGCGAGGUGUCUCACCA